GCCUCUCUCAGACGCGACCGGAGCUCGGCACAUAGCGGCGGCCCUGCGGGCUGCCCUCUCCCGUCCGCCUGCCCCCGCCUCUCCCCCGGGCCGGCCUCGGGAACGCCCCGCAGGGCACUCGGGCGGCAGCCGUCGCGGCGUGACUCACGGCGGGGCCUCUCCUCCCCCUCCCCGCCCGGGACGGCCCGGCGCAGCGCAGCGGACGCGUAGCGCGCAGAGAGCCAUGGCGCGGAGCCGCGCCGCUGUUCGCCUUCUCCUCCUCUUCCUCAUGUGCGGCUCCGCCGCGGCUGGACCUACGUUCCUGGUGGCGGCUCCCUGGAACAUCAGGCCCGGAGCCAGUGUCACCGUCGGGGUGGCCCUACUGCCCGGCAGCCCCGCGCAGGUCGCCGUGCGGGGAGCGCUGCUCAGGGACAAUCAGACCGUGCUCAGCAGGGAGCUGAUCUUCGAAAGAGAUUCCUUUGGGACUCUUGUUCUUCCAAUAUUGCCAUUGGAAAGUGCUUCUGGGACUUAUGAAUUACUGGUGGAAGGCCAUGCUGAUGGCCAGCGUGUCUUCUCUAACCGUACCAGCUUGAUAUACACAGCAAAGAGUAUCUCUGUAUUCAUUCAAACUGAUAAAUCUACAUACAAACCAGGACAGGAUGUCAUGUUUCGGAUUGUCACUGUCUAUCCUGAUCUCAAACCUUACAAAGCUUCUCUAAAUAUAUAUGUACGGGACCCUCGGAAGAAGUUGAUUCAGCAGUGGUUGCUGGAGGAGGGUGAUUUAGGUGUAGUUUCAAAAAAAUUUCAGUUAUCAAAGAAUCCUCCACUAGGAGACUGGUCCAUAGAUGUGGAAGUAAAUGGUCAAGUACAUUAUCAAAGUUUUAAAGUGAUAGAAUAUGUUUUACCAAAAUUUGAUGUUACGAUAACAACACCAUUAUACUACUCCUUGAGAGAGAAAGAUGUAAGUGGUGUUGUCACUGCAAAGUAUACAUAUGGAAAGCCAGUGAAGGGAAAUGUGACAGUCACCUGUCUGUCUGUCUCUUACUGGACAAACAAGAGGAACAUAACAAAAACAAUGGAGAUAAAUGGUUCUGUGAAUAUUACUUGUAACAAGCUCAUGUUGCAAAACUUGAAUGGGGAUCAGUCGUGGCACCAUGGUGACGAUGAUUACACUGAGCCAGUAGAAAUCAUUGCUGUGGUUACUGAGUCACUUACAGGAAUCUCUCAGAAUUCAAGUACUAUCAUAUUUCCAAAGCAAAGUGACUAUUUCAUUGAAUUUGUGGACUACUCUAGAGUCAUAAAACCUUCUCUGAAUUUCAUCGCUACUCUAAAGGUGACACGUUCUGACAGCAACCAGCUGACAACUGAAGAGAGGCAAAAUCUUGUCACAGUCACGGCACAACAGUCGGACCUGUUUUUUCACCACUCUUCACUUUCUCACUUUGAGAAUGAGGCAACAGAGGAGAGAAAUAAGACGGUCCAUGUCCUGAAUUACACAGUCCCAGAAAAUGGAAUUAUUGAUAUUGAGUUUCCAAUCCUAUCCAAUACAAAAACUUUGAGAGUUCAGGCAGAGUUCCUCAACAGUAAGACUGACAUAGGCGUUUAUGAUGUGUUCAGCUCUCCCAGUGAAACUUACCUCCAGGUUAAAACAAAGAGCCAAGAAGUGAAGGCUGGGAAACCUUUUGAACUAAAUAUUGAAAGCAACAAGCCAGUAAGAGAGUUCCAUUACCUGGUGUUAUCUAAGGAACAAAUUAUGACUUCUGGCACAAUGGUUGAAAAAACAUUCAAUUUAACAGCAGAAAAUUCCUGGGCUCCUCUGGCAUGUAUACUUGUAUUCUAUGUUGAUGAACAUGGAGCAGUUGUAAAUGAUGCUCUUACAAUCCCUGUUCAGCCUGCUUUGGACAACAAGAUUAAAAUUUCUUGGAGCAAAGAUAAAGUCAAACCGUCUGAGAAAGUGUCCCUUAAGAUCAGUACAACAGAUCCAGAAUCAGUAGUUGGACUUGCAGUUGUUGAUAAAAGUACAAAGCUUCUAGGAGACAGUAGUGACAUAACUGAAGAUUCUGUAUUUCAUGAACUCAAUUUAUACAAUACAGCACAGUAUUUCCCCCUUGUCAGAGGUUCCUUUGGUGUCUUUCAGAAAUGCAGCCUUUGGGUAUCAACUGAUGCAAUUCUUGAGGAGGAUAAAGAACAUUUUCUUUAUGAUGGAAUGAUACCCAUAGAGGACGGCUUUGGUGAUGAUCUGCCAGUAGCUAGAGAUGGACCUCUAGAUUUUAGCACUCCGUAUGUAAGGACACAUUUUCCAGAGACUUGGCUUUGGAUUGAUACCAAAACUAGAUCUGAUGCAGAUACCACAAUGGAAGUCACUGUACCUGAUACCAUCACAUCCUGGGUAGCCAGUGCUUUUGUGCUUUCUAAAAACGGCGGUCUUGGAGUGACAACUGUUCCAGCAGAGCUAGAAGCUUUUCAACCUUUCUUUGUUUUCCUGAACCUUCCAUACUCUGUCAUCAGAGGAGAGCAGUUCAUUUUGGAAGUGAAUAUCUUUAAUUAUUUGAAAGAAGAAGCUGAGGUUAAUGUGAUCCUGGAUAUGAAUGAUGCUUUUGAAAUUAUUCUAACAUCCAAUGAAAUAAAUGCUACAGGAAAUCAACAGUCUAUAUUUGUACCAAGUGAAGAUGGAAAAACUGUUCAAUUUCCAAUCAAACCAAAACAGCUGGGAGAGAUUCCCAUCAAAGUGACAGCAAUAUCAUCUGCUGCUUCUGACGCUAUCAUCCAAAAAGUUUUAGUAAAGGCUGAAGGAUUGGAACAAACAUAUUCUCAGACACUCCUUUUGGAUUUAACUGGGGGUAAACAACAAGCAGUGAGAAAAACUUUGGAUUUCACUUUUCCUUCUGAUGUUGUAAGUGGUAGUGAAAGAGUGCAGGUCACUGCUAUAGGUGAUUUACUUGGACCUUCGAUCAAUGGUUUGUCAUCAUUGAUUAAGAUGCCUUAUGGCUGUGGUGAACAGAAUAUGAUCAAUUUUGCUCCAAAUGUUUAUAUUUUGCAAUACCUUACUAAAACGAGACAGCUGAGAGAGGAUAUUCAAUCAAAAGCAUUAUCAUUUAUGAGAAAAGGAUAUCAAAGAGAGCUGCUUUUCCAGAGGGAUGAUGGCUCUUUUAGUGCCUUUGGAAAUGAAGAUCCCUCUGGGAGCACGUGGUUAUCAGCUUUUGUAUUAAGAUGUUUUUUUCAAGCUCGUCCAUUCAUAGAUAUAGACAAAGAUGUACUCAUGGAUACAGCUAAAUGGAUUGUUGGACAUCAGAAAUCAAAUGGAGAAUUUCAGGAACCUGGCAAAGUUUUACACAGUGACCUUCAAGGAGGCACCAAUAAUCCAAUCACCCUCACAGCAUAUGUCAUGUCUUCUCUCCUUGGGUUCCAAGAUAAAGAGCAUGCUUAUGUCAUUAAGAGAGCUACAAACUUUCUGGAAGAUAAAUUAAAAGAAGGCAUUUCGGAUAAUUAUACAUUAGCAGUUGUGACAUAUGCUUUGUCGUGGGCGAAAAGUACAAAAGCAAAGGAAGCCUUGAGUAUGCUGAAUGAGAGAGCAGAACAACAAGGAGAAUUUCGUUUCUGGAUAACACCUGCUUCUGAAAUUUCUGAUUCCUGGCAGCCACGGUCCAUUGAUAUUGAACUUGCAGCAUAUGCUCUGCUCUCACACUUUCAUCAGGACAGGCUGGAGGAAGGGAUACCUAUUAUGAAAUGGCUAAGUCAGCAAAGAAAUCAUCUUGGAGGAUUUUCAUCUACACAGGACACUGUAGUGGCUCUGCAAGCCUUGAGUCUAUUUGCAGCUCUUACCAGUGCACACAAAACAGAAAUGGAUGUAACAGUUACUGCAACAUCUUUGGAAAUCCCGGAAAUAUUUUCAAUUGACACUCAAAACCGUUUUCUGCUUCAAACCAAGGAGAUUCCCCCGGUGCAACCGAUGACAGUUACAGUUUCAGCAGAGGGAAGAGGAUUUGCUGUCUUUCAGCUCAAUGUUAUUUACAACACAAAACACACUGAUCGAAGUCUCAGAUCUGUCCAAAAACAAAAAGCUUUUGACUUGAAUGUUGAUGUAAAGGAUGAUAAAGAUGAUAUGAACCAUUUGACCUUGAAUGUGUGCACAAGGUACUUGGGGUCUGAUACAUCUCCCAGUAGUGGUAUGGUCCUCAUGGAGGUUGGCUUACUCAGUGGUUUCUCUGUGUCACCAGAUUUCAUUCCAUUAGACAAUACAGUUAAGAAGAUGGAAAAGGAAAAUGGAAAAGUCAACCUAUACUUAGACACUCUAAAUGCAACACAGUUUUGUAUGGAUAUUCCGACUGUAAGAGACUUCAAAGUGGCAAAUAUUCAAGAUGCUUCUGUGAGUGUAGUGGAUUACUAUGAACCCAGGAGAAGAGCAGUGAGAAGCUACAAUUCAGAAGUAAUGCAAAGCAUAACCCCUUGUGACUUCUGUGAAAGUGACUGCAACCUUUGCCAGAGAGCUGGUUCUCCUGCCCUGCUUCAGCACUCUUCCUUGGCUUCCUUGUUCUGCGUGCUCUUUGUCCUUCAUGUAAACUUGAUGUGCAGUUGGGUGCUGUAAGAGAAAACAUUGUUUCACAUCUAAUGUUUCCAUAAAUUAUCCAAAGAAAAUUUUAUGUUCAGAUACUAGCCUGCCUUCAGUGAUUACAGUGACCUAACUCCUGCUGUGUUCAAGGAGAGCAGGUCUGGCCCAUAUGGUAAAUUUCUGGCUGUGCCAGAAAACUUCUUUAAGUGUCUGCUGGAAAUACUUUCCAAGUGUUAGUUUCAUAUUGAAGUUAUUUUCUAAAGAAGCGAAGUUACCAAGAAAGCAGUUUGAGAAAAUGCAAACCUAGCUCCCCACUCCGGCUUCCUUUCAUCCUAGCUUUCAUUUUUGCAUAUAUAUUUUUAGAAAUAUACAUUACAUUAGUUUACAUUGCUGUUCUGAAAAACCAUCUCCUUCCCUGGUAAACAGAGCAUUGGGAGCUGGGUAUCAGAGCUUGCAUUGUUGGGUUCUGCAGACAUGAUGCUUAAUAUUAGUAUUUAGCUUCUCUGUAUGCUCUCAUGGGGAGAAAUAUAAAAAAUAAAAGGAGCUGGCUUCAGAGCUGAUCCAUGAGCCAAAAAGAACUGCGUUCACAAACUGCUGAACAUUCCAGAAAAUUAUCAGUCUUUUUUAAAUGAUUACAGAGAAGCCAGGUGAAUUUUUUGCCAAUUUGUAAUUAAUCAUGUUUGAAAAUAAUGCCUCCGGAUGUUUUCAUGGAUUUUACGCUGCAAGUCUUUCACUGUAAAUCAUCAAAGAAGGAGUCUGAGACUUUGUUUUUCCACGGUUCUCUUUCCUUGUGAGAAUACUUGUGUUCCCUGGCAUAUUUAUGGCCACUGGGAUGAAGAUUGCCUUGAUCCUUGUCUGCUUCAGGAAGUUUUCUGGAAGUGUCACUCUUUAGGGGAUCGUUUAUGUCUUGCGUAGACAAUAUACAAGUCUUUUUGACAAUAUAAGUGCCAUAACUCUUCAACAGCUGUGCUGUGCCAUGUCAGCUGGUUGACUCUGAGUGCCAUGUGUUCGUGUAAGUCCUGUUUUUGUUGGUGGAAAGGUUUUUAGGAGUUGUGAGCUCCACAUGCAUUCUGUUCAGUGAAACACUAAACAUAUUUGUAUGUUUACAUACAUCCUGGUAUAUUUAAGUGCCUUGCUGGAGUGGGAGGGAAAAGAAGGAUGGUGAAACCUUUUUGGAACAGCAGGCAUUUACACCCAAACUUUCUCUUUGUGCACUGGGAGAAUUAUACGGAUGUGGAAAUGAGUACAUUUGAGAACCCUACCAGUGAGCAUCUUCCUGAAUGAAGCUCUUCACUGUCUGGCAAUCAAUUUAACCUUUUUGCAAACUGCCUUUGAUAUUUAAUGCUUACUUCUUUUUAACAAGAAAGCCAAUAACAUUUCUGCUUAUUGAAAUGAAGUUAAUUAUUGUUAUGCUGACUAUAAGAGUUAGAAAUUUUAAGGCUAUUUUUCUUUCUUUCAUAUCUUUCAGAGACGGAGUGUGUAUGUGUACACAUGUAAUUAUAUGGUAGUCACUUUCCUUGAGCAAUUUCUAAUUUUUAUUCAAAUUUUGCUACCGCUUAAAAUGUAUAUUUUUGUAUUUUAUGCUUAUGUGUAUUUUUGUUCAGAAAAGGAAAUUAGAUCAUGGUAGCAUGGGAAGAGGUCGGAAUUUCUUGAACCCUGUGCCUUUUUAAUAAUGAGUUAUAGCUUUUUGACUACAAAUCUAGUUUGGGUGUUGUUAUUUGUUCUACUUUACCUGUACUUAGAAUUUGAAAUAUUUUUACAAACUUGGAAUUCUGUCUCUCUGACAGAGUUACGUUUUUUUUGUAGUCAGUCUGUGCUUUUCACUUGUCAUUGGUGCCCCUUGAGUAGUUGAUUAGUGCCUUAUGAGUUCCUGUGCUGCUCUGAUCCUCUCAAAGUGAUAUUGUGUGUAUUGAAAUUCAAAGCAC